AUGCCUUCUGUCAAGAUUCAAGAAGUUACAUCCACUGAGAAGACACUCCGUAUUGCUGCUCACUCACACAUUACGGGCCUCGGAUUGGAUCCAACAACUGGAGCAGUUGCCAGUAACGAAGCUGGAGGCUUAGUUGGCCAAAACAGUGCCAGAGAAGCUGCAGGAGUUGUCGUUGAUUUAAUCAAGUCUAAAAAGAUGGCUGGUCGAGCAUUACUAUUGGCUGGUCCUCCAGGAACAGGUAAAACUGCAAUUUCUCUUGCCAUUUCACAAGAAUUGGGAAAGAAAGUUCCUUUCUGCCCAAUGGUAGGAUCUGAAGUAUACUCGUCCGAAGUCAAGAAAACUGAAAUUCUCAUGGAAAACUUUAGAAGAAGUAUCGGAAUUAGAAUCAAAGAACAAAAAGAAGUCUAUGAAGGAGUUGUGAUUCAAUUGACACCCGAGGAAGCUGAGGAUGAACUUUCUACAAGCUAUGGAAGCAAAGUGAUUAAACAUGUUGUAAUGGGAUUAAAGACUACUAAAGGAACAAAAACUCUAAGGUUGGAUCCAUCAAUUUAUGAAUCAAUUCAAAAAGAAAAGGUUCAAAUUGGUGACGUUAUAUACAUUGAAGCUAACAGCGGUGCAGUGAAGAGAGUUGGCCGAUCUGAUGAAUAUAUUUCUGAACAUGACUUGGAAGCUGAAGAAUACGUGCCAAUACCAAAAGGUGAUGUUCACAAGAAGAAGGAAGUUGUUCAAGAUGUUACAUUACACGAUUUGGAUGUUGCCAAUGCUAGACCACAGGGUGGUCACGACAUGUUUAGCAUUAUGAAUAGCAUGAUGAAACCAAAGAAAACAGAAAUUACUGAAAAAUUGAGAACUGAAGUCAACAGAAUUGUCAACAAGUAUAUUGAUCAAGGCGUUGCUGAAUUAGUGCCUGGAGUGUUAUUUAUUGAUGAAGUUCACAUGCUUGAUAUUGAAUGUUUCACAUAUCUUAACAGAGCUUUGGAAUCUACUCUUGCUCCAAUCGUAAUUUUUGCAACAAAUCGAGCUAAUUUUGACUUGCUCGAUCGAUUGUUAAUUAUUAAGACAUCUCCAUAUAGACUCCAGGAAAUUGUCCAAAUUAUUGCUCUCAGAGCCAAGACUGAAGGCAUUCAAUUGGCACCAGGCUCUUUGGAAAAGCUAGGAGAAAUUGGUGACAAAUCAUCUCUAAGAUAUGCUGUUCAAUUAUUAACUCCAGCCAAUAUUUUGAGCAAGACAAAUGGAAGAGAAGAGGUCACAGCUGAGGAUGUUGAAGAAGUGCACGACAUGUUCUUUGACGCCAAGACAAGUGCUGCUCACUUGAGUGAACACGGAUCUCAAUACAUUGAUCAUGAGAAAUAA